GUUCACACUAAGUUAGCAGCCCAAUCUUCAGCAGCAUCACAACUGUCUUUUGUAUCAUUUCAUGACAUACUUGUUGUAAUCAGAUCGUAUAUCAUCUUUGGUCUUCUCAAAGUACUGCCUUAUAAUGUCUGAUAGAUCACGCAAGAGAAGUCGGCGUGGCUCGACGCCGUCGCACAACUCCAUCGCUUGCGAAAGCUGCAGAACAAAGAAACGACGCUGCGACAGAAGCAUCCCUGUAUGCAAUCAAUGUCAUCAUGAUCCCUCACAAUGCCACUAUCCAGAGCAGAACAAGAGGGGAUUGCCGCUUGGAUACGUCAACAAACUAGAAGCUCGCCUCGCCGAGACAGAAGCUGCCCUGGUGCACAUCAUCGACAGGAGACAUGCCACGGACACCUGGUUCACACCCAACGUUGCACUCCAUCCGCAAGACUACACUGGUAGCAUGAGCAAAGCAGACAGAGCAAAGGAAUGGGAUGCUUGGCCACUCCAUGAUGCCAGCUCGAUAGGCGCAUGGCACUUCAGGAAAUCUAAGCAAGUGAACCAACAGACAAAUAACGUGGCCGCCAACGAUUCCGCGAUAAUAGGUGGAUCAAACAACAAGCCUUCGAGAAACCCUACAAAGAGACGUCGACAAUCGGACUUGGACAGUGGUGCGUCGCAAGAAGGCAGAAACAGAUCAGACCAUGUCAAUGGAGGGUUGUUGGUUGGCGAUGUGUUGGCGGCAGACCAUGAGCCAUCAAGCAGAGCUCAGAGACUCUGUCAGGCGCAGCCAGAUAUGUACUUCUGAUGAACAAUCAAUGAAUUCAAGUUCACAGAGCGUGCGUGUCAGGCCG